AUGGAGGUUUGGAGCAGUGGAGAAGAGGAUGGUCUGACUGAGAUGGAAGGCUCCUCCAGUCCCUUGACAGCCCUGAACUCUUAUGAUAAUGUCACCAACCUCACCCACAUCACAAACCUCACCUACUUCCCUUAUUACCAGCACUCCCUCCCUGUGGCUGCUAGCUUCAUACUAGCCUACCUGUUCAUCUUCCUGCUGUGCAUGGUGGGUAAUGUGCUUGUGUGUCUGAUAGUGCUGGGGAACCGCCGCAUGAGAACCGUAACCAACGUCUUCAUCCUUAAUCUGGCCGUCAGUGACCUGCUUGUGGGCAUUUUCUGCAUCCCCACAACGUUGGUGGACAACCUCAUUACAGGCUGGCCCUUCACCAACACCGUAUGUAAAAUGAGUGGUCUGGUUCAGGGGAUGUCUGUGGCUGCCUCUGUCUUCACCCUGGUGGCCAUUGCAGUUGACAGGUUCCGUUGCAUUGUGUACCCUUUCCAGCCCAAACUCACUCUAACUGUUGCCAAGGUAACCAUAGCAAUGAUCUGGGUCCUGGCCGUGGUAAUCAUGUGCCCCUCAGCAGCUGCUCUGUCCGUACAGGUGGCUGAUAACUUCAUGGUUUACAAUCAGGACUACAACAUCACCUACCCACUGUACUCUUGCUACGAGAGGUUUACCAACCCUAAGAUGCGGAAGGUCUACACCACGGUUCUGUUUGCUCACAUCUACUUGGUGCCCCUGGCUCUCAUCACAAUCAUGUACGGGCGCAUUGGAGUGAAGCUUUACUCCUCUGUGGUGUCAACCAGUAGGCGUCAGGGUGCAACGCCAUCUUCUCCUGCCAGGCAUGAGGGAGUCAGGCCAAUGGUUUCCCAGAAGAAGAUCAAGGUGAUCAAGAUGCUUAUUGUGGUGGCCCUGUUGUUCAUGCUCUCCUGGCUUCCUCUCUGGACCGUGAUGCUGUUGACGGAUUACGAAGGGCUAAAAGAGGACCGGAUGGAGCUGAUCACUGGAUACAUCUUUCCCUUCGCACACUGGCUCGCCUUCUCCAACUCCUCAGUCAACCCCAUUAUCUACGGAUACUUCAACGAAAACUUCAAGAAGGGAUUUCAGGCAGUCUGCCGGACCAACUCCUGUUGUCUGAGGAGUAAGGGUGAGGUACCAAUAAGGGGAGCCCGGGAAUCAGGUGAAGGCCGUUUGAGGGAGCCCGUAAGCAACCCCAACCUUGUCUUGUUUAGGGCAAGAAACAAAGUGCAUAUAGAUGGUAAUGUGGCGGACUCUGUGCAUCUUGAGCUGGAGUUGAAAAUGUCUAAGGUAGGAAGCAACACAGGCCAUGUUGGGGGUGGGGGGGCUGGGGUGAAUGGAGGAUUAGGGCCUGACAAUGAGAUUAACAAAAAGGGGCUUCAUGGUGAGGAGCAUACUAGUCCAAUGGAUGUGUGUCAGGCCUGGGAUAAUUAG